GGGAAAGCCAAACCAUUCCCACUGUCUCAGCUCCUUGUGCCUCUCUCCCUAUGAACUGGUAACCCCAGGUGCACUUGGCUGGGGAGUCUCAGUCCUCUGGAUUUCUCCUUUGGAUCAAACCCACCCUGGAUGGUGCUGACUGGGAGAGGGAAGAGGUUCCGGGCUCUGUGGCUGUCCUUGGGAGCUGCGUUUUGGGGUGAUAAACCCCCCGUUCACCACUUGAUGUGCCGUGCUGGACGUUUUCAAAGCUAAAAACCGCACCCAUGGAGCACAUUCAGGGAGCUUGGAAGACUAUCAGCAAUGGGUUUGGACUCAAGGAUUCUGUGUUUGAUGGCCCCAACUGUAUUUCCCCCACCAUUGUGCAGCAGUUUGGGUACCAGCGCCGAGCCUCUGACGAUGGCAAAAUAUCCGACGCUUCCAAAACCAGCAACACCAUCCGCGUGUUCCUGCCCAACAAGCAGCGCACCGUGGUGAACGUGCGAAAUGGGAUGACCCUGCACGACUGUCUGAUGAAGGCACUGAAAGUGAGAGGGCUGCAGCCAGAAUGCUGUGCAGUUUUUCGACUUCCUGAAACGAAAGGAAAAAAGGUGCGUUUGGAUUGGAACACGGACGCUGCCUCCUUGAUUGGAGAGGAGCUGCAAGUGGACUUCCUUGAUCAUGUUCCGCUCACUACACACAACUUUGCUCGGAAGACCUUCCUGAAGUUGGCCUUCUGUGACAUCUGCCAGAAGUUCCUGCUCAACGGCUUCCGCUGUCAGACCUGUGGCUACAAAUUCCACGAGCACUGCAGCACCAAGGUCCCGACCAUGUGUGUGGACUGGAGCAACAUCAGGCAGCUCUUAUUGUUCCCAAAUUCAAAUAUCAGUGACAGUGGUGUCCCUGCACUACCUCCCUUGACAAUGAGGCGGAUGCGGGAGUCUGUCUCCCGGCUACCUGUUAGUUCCCAGCACAGGUAUUCUACACCUCAUGCCUUCACAUUCAACACCUCCCAUCCUUCCUCUGAGGGCUCUCUGUCUCAAAGACAGCGAUCCACAUCCACACCAAAUGUCCACAUGGUCAGCACUACAAUGCCUGUAGACAGCAGGAUAAUUGAGAAUAACAGCCUGAAUGCUUCUCCCAGUUCCUGGUGCAGACGGUUUUGUUUGAGGGGAAGAGAUGCAAUUCGAAGCCAUAGUGAAUCAGCCUCACCCUCUGCUCUGUCUGGAAGUCCUAACAAUAUGAGCCCAACUGGCUGGUCUCAGCCUAAAACCCCAGUCCCAGCCCAAAGAGAGAGAGCUGCUGGAUCUAAUACACAAGAAAAGAACAAAAUUAGGCCUCGUGGACAGAGAGAUUCCAGUUAUUACUGGGAAAUAGAAGCCAGUGAAGUCAUGCUUUCCACCAGGAUAGGGUCAGGUUCCUUUGGAACAGUUUACAAAGGCAAAUGGCACGGGGAUGUAGCAGUGAAGAUACUAAAGGUGGUAGAUCCAACCCCAGAGCAGUUCCAGGCUUUCAGAAAUGAAGUGGCUGUGCUGAGGAAGACUCGGCACGUGAACAUCUUGCUCUUCAUGGGCUACAUGACCAAGGACAACCUGGCCAUCGUGACCCAGUGGUGCGAGGGCAGCAGUUUGUACAAACACCUGCACGUCCAGGAGACCAAGUUCCAGAUGUUCCAGCUCAUCGACAUCGCCCGGCAGACAGCACAGGGCAUGGACUAUUUACAUGCAAAGAACAUCAUCCACAGAGACAUGAAAUCCAAUAAUAUAUUUCUGCACGAAGGCCUCACAGUGAAGAUCGGAGACUUCGGGCUGGCCACGGUGAAGUCGCGCUGGAGCGGAUCCCAGCAGGUGGAGCAGCCCACGGGCUCCAUCCUGUGGAUGGCCCCCGAGGUGAUCCGGAUGCAGGACAGCAACCCCUUCAGCUUCCAGUCAGAUGUCUACUCCUAUGGAAUAGUGUUAUAUGAGCUGAUGACAGGAGAGCUGCCCUAUUCCCACAUAAACAACCGAGAUCAGAUCAUUUUCAUGGUUGGUCGAGGUUAUGCUUCCCCAGACCUCAGUAAACUGUACAAGAACUGCCCCAAAGCAAUGAAGAGGCUUGUAGCAGAUUGCUUGAAGAAGGUUAGGGAAGAACGACCUCUGUUUCCACAGAUCCUGUCGUCCAUCGAGCUGCUGCAGCACUCCCUGCCCAAGAUCAACCGCAGCGCGUCGGAGCCGUCGCUGCACCGCGCGGCGCACACGGAGGACAUCAACGCCUGCACCCUCACCUCCUCCAAGCUGCCCGUCUUCUAGGCCUGCCCCUGCCCCGCUCGGGGACAGGCACACAGGGACACUUGUGCUCUCCGUGCCUCGUGCCCAGACCAGUGCCAGAGGGAUCCCUGGUCCCCUCGUCCCAGCAAGCUGCUAAGGAUCCGUGCUCAGCCCUCCCGGCCUGCCCUGCCGUGCCCUGGGCAGGGACAGACUGCAGAUCAAGAGAUCUAUUACUGUUUUUUUAAUAGAUGCACUUGAGCCUUACUUUGCCCACGCCUGGAAGCAGAUGAUGUUCCUUUGGCAGUGGUUCUGGACGGGCUGGAUCUGUGCUGAGGGGGUGUUUUCCACAGCCAGGGUGGCUCUGAGGACAAGGUCGUGGUGCUCUGAUUGCCCCAUGCCAUGUGCCACCUCGAGGUGGGGGAGCUGUGCCUGCAAUGGGUCUGCAAACAAGACUGAGGGAAGAGGAAAUAACUCUGGAAAUCAGCUCCUGCCCUAAGAGCUUCAUCAAGCCAAUGAAAUAAGUUAAAAUGCUAAUUCAACACGAAAUAGUUUUGCAAUAGUUUUGCACAUAGAAGAAAAACUCUUGCAAAAGAAUGGAAUCUGUUCUGAAUUGUCCUGCUCAGAGAAGGAAGCAGCCAGUCAUGGUCAUCUUGAGAAGCCUCACAGCUGACUUUGGUACUAAGGACUGUUCCCUGCAGCCCAGGAGGUGGAGAGUGUGGAAGCACAGCCUUGGGGCUGGCAAAGGCUGAGGGACAUUAUCCGUCUGCAUCCCAUCGGAAGCUGUCGUGCAAGAGAUGCACUAUCAAGAGGAAACUGAGCAUAUACAGUUUUUCUUGCUGAUUUGGGGUUUAAUUUUGUUUUUAUUGCUCCUGAGAAAAUGCAUUUAUUGUAAGCCAAGGUUCCCCUGAUUAUCUUAUUUUAAUAAAAUAAAUUAAAUUUUA